AUGGAAAGCCAAAAGAAUCUCUCUCAAUUCAUUCUCACAGGCCUUUCCUCCGACGUGAACAUACAAAUAUUUUGCUCCAUGUUCUUCUUAUUCUGCUAUCUGGCUAUCUUGGGAGGAAAUCUCCUAAUCCUCGUCUCUAUCCGAUGCAGUUCUCUUUUUAACCAACCCAUGUACUAUUUCCUCAGUCAUUUAUCAUCUAUGGACAUCUGCUAUACCUCCUGUGUGACACCCAAGCUGAUUGGUGAUCUCCUAGUGAGGAGCAAAGUCAUCUCCUAUGGUCACUGUAUGUUACAGGUGUUUACCAUGCACUUCUUUGGAAUGAUCGAAGUCUUCAUCCUGACGAUUAUGGCUUUUGAUCGCAGUGUCGCCAUCUGCAAACCUCUCCACUACAUGCUCCUCAUGAACAGAACUAGAUGCCAUCUGCUCAUCCUGGUGGCUUGGGCUGGUGGGGCUGUUCAUUCCUUUUCCCAGUUUGUGAUGAUCAUCACGUUGCCUUUCUGUGGCCCUAGUGAAAUUGAUCACUACUAUUGUGAUAUUUUUCCUCUGCUGAAGGUUGCCUGCACUGAUACCCACCUCACUGGUGUUCUUACAGUGGCUAAUUCAGGACUAAUUGCCUUGGUAACCUUUGUUCUCCUGUUUGGAUCUUAUGUCGUUAUAUUAGUCACUUUAAGAAAUCUCUCUGCCGAAGGAAGACGCAAAGCCCUCUCUACGUGUGGCUCACAUGUCACUGUGGUUGUCUUAUUUUUUGGACCGUCAAUCUUUGCCUACCUUAGACCGCCUACCACUUACCCUGAAGACAAGAUUUUUUCACUCUUUUACACUAUUAUUGCCCCUAUGUUCAAUCCUUUAAUCUAUACCCUGAGAAAUACAGAGAUGAAAAAAGCCAUCAGGAAAGUGUUUUGUCAACAACAGUUUUCUGAAGAAAGAAUAAUUGAUUAG